GAGACAAAUAGAGAGCACACAAGCACAUCUUCGAUACGAGUCGGUUGUGUCAGACCCGUCAUAUAGAGAUGACACUGACCGCAACGGCAACGCCACCGGAGAGCAACAAGAAAAUGGAAGUGAAUGCCCCAGGAGACGAGAAUCUGCCCACAUCUGAAAUGGAUCUGCUGGCCAAGCUGGAGGCGGCCAACAAGCUAAUCGAGAGCGAUGCCAAAAGUCUCAAUUCGUUGCACUCAACGCACAGUCGCAAGAACUCGGACACGAGCCAGAUCAGCCUGACAUCAAGCGGCAAUUCGGUCGCCGAGGAGGACAUCUGGACGACAUGGGCCUCCAUUCUGAACGACUGGGAUGGGGCGCUGAAGCGCAAGAAUCCGUGCGUGCGCGAACUGGUGCGCCGUGGUAUUCCGCAUCAUUUUCGUGCCAUCGUGUGGCAGCAGCUGAGCGGCGCGGCCGACGCCGAUAAGAAACAGUAUGCGGAGUACAUAAAGGCGACGUCGGCGUGCGAGAAGGUGAUUCGACGUGAUAUAGCGCGCACCUAUCCGGAGGUGGACUUCUUCAAGGAGAAGGACGGACCCGGCCAGGAGGCCCUGUUCAAUGUGAUCAAAGCGUAUUCGCUGCACGAUCGUGAGGUCGGCUACUGUCAGGGCUCUGGCUUCAUUGUCGGCCUGCUGCUGAUGCAGAUGCCCGAGGAGGAGGCGUUCGCUGUUCUGGUGCAGAUCAUGCAGCAGCAUCGCAUGCGGCACAUGUUCAAGCCAUCGAUGUCCGAGCUGGGCCUGUGCAUGUACCAGCUGGAGAAUCUGGUGCAGGAGCAGAUACCCGAUAUGCACCUACAUUUCCAGCUGCAGGGCUUCCAGACGACCAUGUACGCGUCCAGCUGGUUCCUCACACUGUACACGACCACACUGAACGUGAACCUCAGCUGCCGCAUUAUGGACGUCUUCCUCAGCGAGGGCAUGGAGUUCAUUUUCAAGGUGGCGCUGGCCCUGCUGCUCACCGGCAAGGAGGCGCUGCUGUCCCUCGACAUGGAGGCCAUGCUGAAGUUCUUCCAGAAGGAGCUGCCCGGCCGCGUCGAGGCCGAUCCGGAGGGCUUCUUCAACUUGGCCUAUGCGCAGAAGCUGAACACGAAGCGCAUGAAGAAAAUGGAGAAAGAGUAUCAAGACUUGAAGAAAAAGGAGCAGGAGGAGAUGGUCGAGCUGCGGCGGCUGCGCCGCGAGAAUUGUCUGCUCAAGCAGCGCAACGAGCUGCUCGAGGCCGAGAGUGCCGAGCUGGCCGAUCGUCUGGUGCGCGGCCAAGUCUCACGUGCCGAAGAGGAGGAGACGAGCUACGCCAUUCAAACGGAACUGAUGCAGCUGCGACGCUCCUAUCUGGAGGUCUCGCAUCAGCUGGAGAAUGCCAACGAGGAGGUGCGCGGCCUCAGCCUGCGGCUACAGGAGAACAACGUUUCGAUCGAUAGCAAUAACUCGCGGCAGUCGUCCAUUGACGAGCUGUGCAUGAAGGAGGAGGCGUUGAAGCAGCGCGACGAGAUGGUCUCCUGUUUGCUCGAGGAGCUGGUCAAGGUGCGGCAGGGCUCGGCGGAGAGCGAGGAUCAGAUACGAACGCUCAAGUCGAAGAUCGAGGAGCUCGAGGAGGAUAAGAAGACGCUGCGCGAAACAACGCCCGACAAUUCGGUGGCCCAUCUGCAGGACGAGUUGAUAGCGAGCAAGUUGCGCGAGGCGGAGGCCUCGCUAUCCCUCAAGGAUCUCAAGCAGCGGGUGCAGGAGCUGAGCAGCCAAUGGCAGCGCCAGCUGGCCGAGAAUCAGCGCAACGAGCAUAGCGCCGCCUCCGUGGACUCCACACCCAAAAAGCUGUUGACCAACUUUUUCGACAACUCCAAGUCGACGGAGCACACGCAGAAGCUCGAGGAGGAGCUGAUGACGACGCGCAUACGUGAAAUGGAAACGCUCACCGAGCUGAAGGAGCUGCGCCUGAAGGUCAUGGAGCUGGAGACUCAGGUGCAGGUUUCCACAAAUCAGCUGCGGCGUCAGGACGAGGAGCAGAAGAAGCUCAAGGAGGAGCUCGAGCUGGCUGUCACACGCGAAAAGGAACUGGCCAACAAGGCGCGCGAGCAGCAGCACAGAUACUCGGAUCUGGAAUCUCGCAUGAAGGAUGAGCUCAUGAAUGUCAAAAUCAAGUUCACCGAACAGAGCCAAACGGUCGCCGAACUGAAGCAGGAGAUUUCACGACUGGAGACAAAGAAUUCGGAAAUGCUGGCCGAGGGUGAGCUGCGCGCCAAUCUCGAUGAUUCGGAUAAAGUGCGCGACCUGCAGGACAGGUUGGCUGACAUGAAGGCGGAGUUGACCGCACUGAAAAGUCGUGGCAAAUUUCCAGGCCACAAGCUGCGCAGCGCCUCCAUACAAUCCAUCGAAUCAACCGAGAUCGACUUCAGUGACCUCAACAUGGUGCGACGCGGGAGCACGGAGCUAUCCACAUAAUAUAUAAAGCCGUUGGCGUCUUACACAGUGCGGAUAGCGAUUAUAUUUACAUAUAUGCAUAUACAUAUAUAUAUAUAUAUAUGAUGAUGGCUAUAUGGAUCACUCUAUAUACAUAUAUAUAUACACACAUAUGUAUAUACAUAUUAUUGGCUGAUGUAUGCAUGUGGAAUACAUAGAGACUAUGUAAUUUCUGUCACAAGGUCGCAGCUGUGGUGCGUCGAUUGUCAAUAAAAUAUAUAUGAUUAGUAAAAAUUCAAUGAAAAAA